AUGCCGCACUCGGUUCCUGUGCCCCCAACGGGCUUCCAGGCCGUCAUCUUGUGUGGCCCUGGAGUUUCCCUCAACACCUUUACUUCCAACCCUGAGGAAUUCCCGAAGGCUUUGAUUCCGAUUGCUAACCGUCCUAUGGUGUGGUAUCCGUUGGACUGGUGCUAUCGGAUGGGAAUCACAAAUAUUACAUUGGUUACUCCUCCUGCUAGUCGGGCGCCUUUGGAGGCUGCUCUUUCACAAAAUCCUCAUCUGACAUCACUGCCAUCACCAUCGCCGUCUGUUUUGGCACCAAAAGACUUGGCUCUAACUACAGGAACGGCGGAGCUACUCCGUCUUCCAGAAGUCCAGUCAUGCAUCAAAUCCGACUUCCUUCUGCUUCCCUGUGAUCUCAUCUGCGAUAUUCCGGGUGAAUCUCUUCUAGAAGCCUGGAUGGUGUCUCAAAGUGCCUUGGGAGGUUCUACUCUUCGUGAUGGCCGUAACACCCACAGCCCGAGGACUGCCGGAAUGGGUGGUGAAGCGGGAGGUCGUCGGGGCGGUCUAGGAGUGUAUUACCAGACUCAAGGCCGGGAAGAGAGUGUAAAGGGUGAGGUCACAGACUUUGUGGCUACCACACCGCUUGAGCAGGAUGAGGCACCAGCAGUUUCUCAUCCGUUGGACGGACCAGCUGCUUUGAGGUUUGGGCUGUCGAAGCUUGUUCUCGGCAUGCCCAUGGACACAUUGAAGGAAAAGAUGGAAGACGACAAGGGAUUCCUCAUCCGUCAUUCGCUUGUGCAAAAACAUGCCAAGGUGAAGAUGUUGACCAGCUAUAGGGAUGCCCACAUCUAUGUCUUCCCCAAGUGGGUUAAAGACCUGGCAAAUCUUAAUGAGAAAUUCGAGAGUGUCAGUGAAGAUCUGGUUGGCUGGUGGGCCAAGUCAGGAUGGCAGACUGGAUUGGGAGAGAAGCUUCGACUGCAUGAGAUCUUGUCGCCGGAGAGUAAUCAAUCCGGGGAAACUGGCAGCUACGAUGGCGACUCGCUCGAAGAGGAAAUCGACCUCAAAGCUAUGAGCACCACCAAGGCCGGUGCUGGCACAUCCCGGGAUGAAAGUUUCUCUGAAGUCGUUCCGGAAUUCCAAUUCGCCUCCCGUGCGCAGACAUUUGGCUCGGAUUCCAACUCGGAGACAGCCGAAACGGGCAAGCUCACAGUCCCACCGAUGCUGGCCUACGUUCACUCCUCUCAACCUUCCGCCCCUAUGAUCCGACGUAUCGACAGCUCCGCCCUCCUCCUCUCUGUCUCUCUCCGCCUCGCCAAGCUUGAGCCGAUCGAAGAGGUUGGCCGAACGGCCGCUUCGCCAUUCGCGCACAACCAGAAGGUCGCAUACCCUGCUGGUGUGGCUCAACGAUGCACAGUGACCAAGGCCGACUGCCUCCUCGCCGACAACGUGACCAUCGAAGAGAAAUGUGUGGUCAAGGAAUCUGUCAUUGGCGCUAACUGCCACAUCGCCAGUGGUGCCCGGUUGACACGAUGCUUGAUCAUGGAUGGAGCGGUGGUUGGAGAACGGUGUCAACUCACCGGCUGUAUCGUCGGCCGACGGAGUAAGAUCGGCCGUGAGAGUGUACUGAAGGACUGCGAGGUCCAAGACGGAAACGUGGUCCCUGACGACACGGACGCAAAGAAUGAGAAAUUCAUGGUCUUUGAGGGACUAGACGAGGAGGGCGAGGACGGAAUGGACGUAUCGGAGGAUUUCGACGCCGAUGGCGAUGAUUUGGGAUUCUGA